CAUGCCCCUUUCCAACCUGUUUGCCAACGCCGUGCUGAGGGCUCAGCACCUUCACCUCCUGGCUGCCGAGACAUACAAAGAGUUCGAACGCACCUAUAUUCCAGAGGACCAGAGACACGCCAACAAAAAUUCUCAGGCAGCAUUUUGUUACUCAGAAACCAUCCCUGCUCCCACGGGGAAGGACGAUGCCCAGCAGAAAUCGGAUAUGGAGCUUCUUCGGUUUUCACUGGUUCUCAUCCAGUCCUGGCUGACCCCGGUGCAAUACCUAAGCAAGGUGUUCACAAACAAUCUGGUUUUCGGCACCUCAGACAGAGUAUAUGAAAAACUAAAGGACCUGGAAGAAGGGAUCCAAGCUCUCAUGAGGGAGCUGGAGGACCGGAGCCCGCGGGGUCCCCAGAUCCUCAAACCCACCUACGACAAAUUCGACAUCCACCUGCGCAACGAGGACGCCCUGCUGAAGAACUACGGCUUGCUCUCCUGCUUCAAGAAGGACCUGCACAAGGUGGAGACCUACCUGAAGGUGAUGAAGUGCCGGCGCUACGGUGAGGGAAACUGCACCGUUUGA